AUGUCUGGUCUUGCAGCUCACCUUGUCAGAGAGUAUUUUUCAGCGUCUAACCUACUUGAGGCUGUUUGGAAAACCCUCUACUCCCACACAGCAGCAGCAAACAUCAUCCUUCCUCAUGCCGAGAAAGUUCUCAAGGCUGAGAAGCAGUCACAGACAGUUGGGUCUCAACUCUGGCUAGUCUGCUUCAGUCCCCGCAUCGGGUCCAUUCUCUCCUGCACUGAAGGCCCGCUCGGCGCUUACCCUAUAUUCAUAUUCACCCCCAUUCCAUUCAAUGAACUGGUCGGAAAAGAUCUUGAUACUUCUCUGUCGAUUCUAUGCCAUGCACUUCUUCCUGUCGUUGGGCGGCAACGAGUCUUCUCUUUUUUUUUGCUGUGCGAUCGGUCACAGAAGCCUUCGUCCGACACAAGAGGCUCAUGCAUUGCAAAAGGGUUUUUGCAAGCCCAGCAUGUGACACUGCACGAGUCCUCCAGGACAAGUCAAAACACUGCAGUGGAUCUUCGUCGCGCCUCACUGAAGGAUAUAGAUCGAGUAGCUAUUUUAUGUCGAGACUUUUCGGCGACCUCUUAUCCUUUCAUCCUUUCUCCCUCCAGAGCGUGGCAAGAAGCAAUAAUGCUUACGAAAGAGAGGAACAUCUGGGUCCUCGAGAUCACAGUAGAAGAGGGAGAACCCGAUAUUGCCUCCAUUGUGGCAGUUACUAGGAAGUCGAAACUCAUUGUUGCCAUAACAAAGGGGUUUGGGUUAAUGCUAGUGCGCCAUGUCUGUGAAGAGCUGCUUGUGAACAACGAACGUGUGGUACUCUAUGUUGGGAAGGAUAAUGGUGCGAUGAAUGUGUACCACCGUAUCGGUUUUUAUGGUCUCGGUACCGACCAAACCCCACCUCCGGAUGGUAUUGAGCCUUGGCUCGAAGUGGGAUUCGACCCUGUUCACGCUUCCCUUGGACACUGGUAA